AAAACAACCUGAAGAAGUCGGUCCAGUAUCAGUGCUUUAGAAUUGCGAGUUUCUAGGCAACAGACACGCGGUUACCAAGGUGACGCGACCCAUAUGUCCGGAUGUUUCCAGUAGCUCUAAGCAAAUCUUGAAAAAUAUUACUUGGGUAACUUAACACACAUAGUUCCACGUUGGAAAAUUUAACUCGAUACGGAUACGUUUAAAUUACAUACAAGAGCACCAAGUUAUAUUCCAGUGCAUGUGGCUAGCUAACGUUUAGAACAAUAUGUGACCAGUUUGCGAGACAAACCAGCCCGCCAGAAAACUGCGUUACCAAGCUAAUAUUAUCUGAUAACAUGUAUUUUUAAGCAUAGAUUAAGUUAGAAUGCAAGUAUGCUAUAUAAAAUGAGGAUAGCCCUAUAGCUUCGAAGCUGGCUAAUUAUGCGAAUUCUCAGCACUGAAAAUUUCCACAGUUUCAAUGGAAACGUCAUUGUCAUCGAGACCCCGAGAACUGCAGAUGGAAGAUAGUUCAAUACCCAAAAGUAGUCAUGUCAGAAGAUUGCCUAAAUUUCCUGAGUCUGCGACGGAGGACCCGUCUCAGUUAUACCAGGUUGUUCUCCAACACAAUCAACACCCACCCAUUAUCUACAAUACAUCCUGGACCCUGGCAGUGCCUUUCAAAGAGCAGCGUCACCACCGCACACCGAGUGAGUCCAUAGGGAACAAUUACAGCCUUCAAGCCAGGCACCUGAAGGUUCAGAGCCUGCAGAGGAGACAAGGAGCACCUCCACAAGGCAUUCCUGGGGAUGUGCCUGCAACAUCGAUGACAGCAUCUCUUCCAGCGGAGAAGAAGAGGAGGCUUACUCCAAGAGCCAGGGAUCCAGUCUCUCAGUCCUUUGACUCUGAUGAUGGCAAGCGCAGUCAGGGACCUGAGCCCCCUCACAGCCCGCCCCUGACUCCCAACCAGCAGCUGGAAAUCAUGAUCAAACAGGAGCAGGAGGCAACGAGGAAAGAAGGAGAGCCCACAGAGAGGGACCUGGAGAGGUACAUGCAUUACAUCAACAAUGGAGUGCAGAGUGACAUGGUUGCUGCCCAUUCCAUGCAGCAGAUGGCAAAUAUCCAGAAGCAUGUGCCUGACUGGCUUCAAAGUGACAGCCAAGAAGUGCAGAAUCUGCAUUCCCAGCUUAAGGAGGAAGUUCUAGAAAUCUACAAUUGUAGCCUGAGGAAAAGCAUCGUGGACUACAUCCUGAAGGACCCCUCUGAGAGGCAGCGUCUGAGCAUCUCCAAUGUCCCACGACCCUUCCCCAGAAGAGUGAUCCGCGGGCCCGUCCCGUGGGCCAGCAGCUACAAAGAGGCACAAAGUUGGCAAACUCAGCACCUCUUCACUAUCAACCCCAUGAUGUUGCACCUGCAGGACCUCUGGCUCAAGCACUUCUCCUCCCUGAGGUUUGUGAAGCUGGAGGAGUUGUUCUCCGCCAGCUUUCCCCUGCUCCCCACGGAGUUUGAAGACCUGCUCCAGAAGCAGUGCCAAGCAACCCGGGAGGAUCUGCUCAACAAAUGGCUACCUGAAUGCGCAUCACUCUUCAUCAACUAUACAGACCUGUGGUUCCCACUGGUACCUCAGAGUGAGAGAGUGGCCCCGGUCAGAGCCCAAGAGUUCUUCUACUGCGUGGCAUCCCUCAUGUCUCUGCAGCUGCGAAGCCUGGUGGUCUCUUCUCUGCAGGACCUGCUGCACUUCUUUAUGCUGCACCAGGAUGGGAAUGACUACAGUGGGGAGUACGACGAGCUGCGCUUCGUGCAGCAGCAGGUUCUUAUCGUGAAGCUGAAGGUGGAGGAGCCGUACGUCGUCUUCCAGCCGAGCCUGCAGCAGUGCUGGGAGCUCAUCCAACGAGGCUUCAUGGAGAUUAUCAAGAGUGCAGAGAACCUGCCGCGGGUGGAAUGUCACCUGUUCCCAGAGAUCAAGGAGCACGAUCUGAACCUGCGCACUGUUAGACCGGAAGAGGACCUCGUCACUGACCUGGUCAACAGGGCCAUGGAAGUCUUCCAGAAGAACACAGUGGGACCACAGAAGUAUCUGAAUGUAUACAAAAAGUAUAGUGAUCUCCUAAACAACAAUGCCAAGCAGGAGAUAGCAACAUUCCUCAAAGAAAAACACUCCUUGCAGGCUUUUACGACGAAAAUUGAAGGCAUUCAGCAGCUGUGGGUGGAGAUCGCCACGCUGCACAUCACCGUUCCCCUGUCCAUGUUCUGCUUAGACGCUGCCAACCUGAACCAUGACCUGUGCAACCGUGCCACUAGACUGAAGGAAAUGCUGAUCACCUUUGAGGUGGAUGAGAACAGAGAGCUCAACAAGAGUGUCUGCCGGAACUAUGAUGAGAUUGCAGAGACCAUCAGUAGACUACCAGAAAACUCAGAAGAACUGGUGGCCCUGAAUCAGUACCUGAAGAAGAGUAGCGAAGUGACAGUCUACAAACUGAAGGAGGAGAUUGGAGAGGCGGCCAACCGCCUUAACUUCCUGUUGGACUUUGCCACUCUGUCUGAUGAGGACUUGAAGCUGAACAGCACUGUGUUCCACUGGCCAGACCAGAUCUUGACUCUGUUUGAGCAAAGCAAGAACCGCUUGGCCUCAUACAGGGAGGAGGCAGAGGAUCACCUCCACAACAGGAUCUUACAGUUUGACGAGAUGCUGCAGGGUGUCAAUAAGGAGGUGGAGGGCUUCAAGAAGAAAGAGCUGAUGACUCUGGACGAGAUGAAGAACAAUGUGGACAAGCUGAACGAGCUGUCGGCUACCCUGGAUGCUGCCGUGACAGAGCUAGAGGACAUUAACAAGGAAGAGAGUCUCUUGGAGAAAGAGCUGAGUGACUUCCCCAUGGUGCAGAUCCUCAUGACCUGCAAGCAGCCCUAUGACCAGCUCUGGACUACAGCCCUCAGUUUCCAAAACAAUUCAGAGGUCUGGCUGAAUGGUCCAUUCCAGAAUCUAAACGCCGAACACAUCACAGAUGAGCUAGCAGCUAUGUGGCGCACUGUGUACAAGCUGGCCAAGAGCUUCUCUGACCUGCCGGGGCCCAGGCGCGUAGCGGACAGCUUCAAGAUAAAGAUUGACAAGUUCAAGCAGCACCUGCCCAUCCUCACCACCAUCUGUAACCCCGGCAUGAAGGAACGCCACUGGCAAGAGAUCAGCAACAUUGUAGGUUUUGAAGUGAAACCUGAAGCUGACGCAUCACUGUCGAUGAUGGUGGAUCUGGGCCUGUCUAAGUUCUCUGACAAACUGGAGGAGCUUGGGGCAGCAGCCAGCAAAGAGUUCUCCUUGGAGAAGGCCUUGGAUAAGAUGAGGACAGAGUGGGCCGAGCUGCGCUUCGCAUUCUCUCCAUACAGAGACUCAGGGACAAAUGUUGUGUCUUCGGUGGAUGACAUCCAAGUGCUGCUGGACGAUCAUAUCAUUAAGACACAGACAAUGCGUGGGUCGCCAUUCAUAAAGCCAAUUGAAAAUGAAUGCAAGGAAUGGGAGGAAACACUGGUGCUGAUUCAGGAUAUUCUAGAUGCUAUGCUGAAGUGUCAGUCCACUUGGCUCUAUCUGGAGCCCAUCUUCAGCUCUGAGGAUAUCAUUGCUCAAAUGCCGGAGGAGGGGCGAAAGUUUGGAAUUGUCGACAGCUACUGGAAGGACAUCAUUGCGGAAGCAGUGAAAGACACUCGAGUGUUGGUGGCCACAAGGCAGCCAAAUAUGCUGGGUAGGCUCCAAGAGUCCAAUGUGUUUUUGGAGGACAUUCAGAAAGGACUGAACACCUACCUGGAGAAAAAGAGACUCUACUUUCCCAGGUUUUUCUUUCUGUCGAAUGAUGAGCUUCUGGAAAUCCUGUCAGAGACCAAGGACCCACUUCGUGUCCAGCCCCACCUGAAGAAGUGUUUUGAAGGCAUCUCCUCGCUGGAGUUCACUGAGGACAUGGAGAUCACUGGAAUGAUCAGCUCAGAAAAGGAAACCGUGCCCUUCAUCCAAAAGAUUUACCCAGCCAUGGCUAAGGGAAUGGUGGAGAAGUGGCUACUACAGGUGGAGAAAAUGAUGCUAGGCAGUGUGAGAGCCGUCAUACACGAGGGUGUUAAAGAAUAUGUCCAGGUUCCCAGGAAGAAGUGGGUCCUUCAGUGGCCAGGCCAAGUGGUCAUCUGUGCCUCCUCCAUCUUCUGGACCAGUGAGGUUUCUGAGGCCAUUGAGAAGAAUGCCCUGCCUGCCUACCUGGAGCAGAGUAAUGCUCAAAUAACUGACAUAGUUGAGCUGGUGAGAGGGAAGCUGCCUGGAGGUGCGCGGGUAACCCUGGGGGCCCUGACUGUCAUCGAUGUACAUGCCCGAGAUGUAGUGGCCAAACUAGCUGAGGAUGGCAUCUCCUCCCUCAAUGACUUCCAGUGGACCUCUCAGCUGCGCUACUUCUGGGAGGAUGACGAUGUGCUAGUGCGCAUGAUUACCACCACCGUGAAGUACGGCUAUGAGUACCUGGGGAACUCCCCCCGGCUGGUCAUCACCCCACUCACUGACCGCUGUUACCGGACAUUGAUGGGGGCCCUGAAGCUGAACCUAGGUGGGGCUCCUGAGGGUCCAGCUGGGACUGGAAAGACAGAGACCACCAAGGAUUUGGCCAAAGCCCUCGCAAAGCAGUGUGUGGUCUUUAACUGCUCUGAUGGUCUAGACUACAAGGCCAUGAGUAAGUUCUUCAAAGGGCUAGCACAAUCUGGAGCCUGGGCCUGCUUUGAUGAGUUCAACCGUAUUGAGGUGGAGGUGCUGUCUGUGGUAGCCCAGCAAAUCCUCAGCAUCCAGCGGGCCAUCAUGUGCGACAUGAAGACCUUCCUGUUCGAGGGCACAGAGCUGUCACUGAACCCCACCUGCUCUGUCUUCAUCACCAUGAACCCUGGCUACGCUGGCAGGGCUGAGCUGCCCGACAACUUGAAGGCUCUCUUCCGCACAGUGGCCAUGAUGGUGCCAGAUUAUGGCCUUAUUGGCGAGAUCUCCUUAUAUUCUAUGGGAUUUAUUGACUCUCGCAGUCUUGCCCAGAAGAUUGUGGCCACAUACCGUCUUUGCUCAGAGCAGCUUUCAUCCCAGCAUCACUAUGACUACGGGAUGCGCGCUGUGAAAUCAGUCCUGACUGCCGCAGGGAAUUUGAAGCUGAAGUACCCAGAAGAGAAUGAGAGUGUGCUACUGCUGCGCGCUUUGAUGGACGUCAACAUGGCCAAGUUUCUGGCACAGGAUGUGCCGCUCUUCCAGGGCAUCAUAUCUGAUCUCUUCCCUGGCGUGGUACUUCCUAAGCCUGACUAUGAGCUCCUCCUGCAAGCUCUCGAGGAGAACAUUGCCAAGCUGAAGCUGCAGCCUGUUCCCUGGUUCAUAGGAAAAAUCAUUCAGGUGUAUGAGAUGAUGCUGGUGCGGCACGGCUUCAUGAUUGUUGGAGACCCUCUGGGUGGGAAAACCUGUGCCUACAAGGUCUUAGCUGGAGCCCUUGGGGACCUUUACCAUGCAAAAAUGAUGGAGGAGUAUGCCGUCGAGUUCAAGAUUAUCAAUCCCAAGGCCAUCACCAUGGGCCAGUUGUACGGCUGCUUUGACCCAGUCAGCCACGAGUGGUCAGAUGGGGUACUGGCCACAUCUUACAGGGACCAAGCCGUGUCCACAUCUGAGGACCGGCAAUGGAUCAUCUUCGACGGGCCCAUUGACGCCGUUUGGAUCGAAAACAUGAACACUGUGCUGGACGACAACAAGAAGCUGUGUCUGAUGAGUGGUGAGAUCAUCCAAAUGAGCAACAAGAUGAGCAUGAUCUUUGAGCCUGCCGAUCUGGAGCAAGCCUCCCCAGCCACUGUCAGUAGGUGCGGUAUGAUAUACAUGGAGCCACAUCAGCUGGGCUGGGCCCCUCUUAAGGAUUCUUACAUGGACACCCUGCCGGAGUCCCUGAGCGAUGAGCACAGGGAGCUGAUUGACGACAUGUUCAACUGGCUGAUCGACCCCUGCCUGGACUUCAUUUACAGGGAGUGCCGCUUCUUGGUGCAGACCUCUCCCAUCCAUCUGGCUUAUAGCAUGAUGCGACUCUACAGCUGUCUCCUGGAUGAAAUUGCACAGUCAGGAGCAAACGACACAGAACCCAUGUCCAGCCAGCAGGUCACAAUGUGGCUUCAGGGACUCUUCCUGUUCGCUGUCGUGUGGAGCCUGGGUGGCACCAUCAACGGGGACAGCCGCAAGAAGUUUGACUUCUUUUACCGCAACCUUAUCAUGGGCAUGGAUGACAACCACCCCAGGCCCAAGAGCGUCCACCUGACCAAGAAAAACAUCUUCCCUGAGAGAGGCAGCGUCUAUGACUAUUACUUCCAUAAGCACGGAUCAGGGCAGUGGGACACAUGGACAGAUUCCAUCACCAAACAAGAGGCCACCAUUCCUGCUGGCGCCAAAGUUUCAGACCUCAUCAUCCCCACCAUGGAGACAGCACGCCAGUCGUUCUUCCUGCGCACCUACCUGGCACACGAGGUGCCCAUGCUGUUUGUGGGGCCUACCGGCACGGGCAAGACGAUUAUCAACAACAGCUUCCUGCUCCGGCUCCCCAAAGAGCAGUACACCCCCAACUGCAUCAACUUUUCAGCCCGUACCUCUGCCAACCAAACGCAGGACAUCAUCAUGUCUAAGCUGGAUCGCAGGAGGAAAGGGGUUUUUGGCCCACCUAUGGGCAAGAAAUGUGUGAUCUAUGUAGAUGACCUCAACAUGCCUGCAAAAGAGAUUUAUGGUGCCCAACCGCCCAUAGAGCUUCUGAGGCAGUGGAUUGACCACAGACACUGGUAUGACACGGACACCUCCAGGCUGGACAUUGUGGAUGUGCUCUUUGUGUCGGCAAUGGGUCCCCCUGGUGGUGGCAGGAAUGACAUCACAGGUCGUUUCACCCGACAUUUGAACAUAAUUUCUAUUGACUCCUUCGAUGAUGAGACUCUGAGCAAAAUAUUCACAUCCAUCACUGACUGGCAUUUUGGGAAUGGAUUUGAUGCUACCUUCUUUAGACUUGGUAAGAUCAUGGUGCAGGCCACCAUGGCUGUGUACAAGGAUGCCAUGGAAAGUUUCCUUCCUACACCCUCCAAAUCCCACUAUAUCUUCAACCUGAGGGACUUUGCAAGGAUCAUCCGUGGAGUUCUGCUAUGCCCCUACACCCACCUUCAGGAGGGGGAUAAACUGAUUAGAUUGUGGAUCCAUGAAGUUUACAGAGUUUUCUAUGACCGUCUCAUUGACAACAAUGACAGAGAGACGUUCUUUGAAAUUGUGAAGGCAAGGACCUCCGACUUCUUCAAGCAGAGCAUUGACAAGCUGCUGAUCCAUCUCUCCCCAUCGGGGAAGGUGACAGAUGAGAACAUUCGCAGCCUGUUUUUCGGGGACUACGGCAAACCUGACUCAGACGCCAAAGCCUACGACGAAAUCACGGACCUGAAGCAACUCAUGGAGGUGAUGGAGUACUACCUGGACGAGUUCAACAAUGUUAGCAAAACGCCCAUGUCCCUGGUCAUGUUCAAGUUUGCCAUCGAGCACAUCUCACGCAUCUGCCGCGUUCUGAAGCAAGACAACGGGCACCUGCUGCUGGUGGGCAUCGGUGGCUCGGGCCGACAGAGCGCAUCCAAGCUGGCGACCUUCAUCAACGAGUACGACCUCUUCCAGAUAGAGCUGACCAAGAACUACGGCAUUCCGGACUGGAGGGACGACCUGAAAAAGGUCAUGCUCAAGGCGGGCAUCGAGGGAAAGAGCACCGUUUUCCUGUUCAAUGAUAGCCAGAUUAAGGAUGAGGCUUUUGUGGAGGAUACCAACAUGCUGCUCAACACUGGCGAUGUGCCGAACAUCUUCCCUGCAGACGAGCGUGCGGAAAUCAUAGAGAAAAUGCAGGGCAUUGCCCGCAUGGAGGGCAAGAAGAUUGACGCAACGCCCCUCUCCAUGUACAACUACUUCAUCGACCGUGUCAAGGCCAACCUGCACAUUGUACUAGCAAUGAGUCCAAUUGGGGAUGCCUUUAGGAACCGUCUGCGCAUGUUCCCCUCCCUCAUCAACUGCUGCACCAUUGACUGGUUCCAAGCCUGGCCCACAGACGCACUAGAGAUGGUGGCUCAUAAGUUUCUGGAAGAUGUGGAGAUGGAGGAUAACAUCAGGAAAGAGGUGGUGGAAAUGUGCAAAAUCUUCCAGGAGAGUGUGAGGCAGCUUUCAGAGGCAUACUUCUCUAGGCUCAGAAGACAUAACUACGUGACGCCAACCUCCUACCUGGAGCUCAUUCUCACCUUCAAGACACUGCUCAACCUCAAACGGCAGGAGGUGGACACCGUGAGGAACCGCUACAUAGUGGGCCUGCAGAAACUGGAAUUUGCUGCCUCUCAGGUGUCUGUGAUGCAGCAGGAGUUGACAGCACUGCAACCAGAGCUGAUAAAGACAUCAGCCGAGACAGACGAGAUGAUGGUGAAAAUUGAGAAGGAAACAGUGGAGGUGGAUGCUAAGAAGGAGCUGGUGUCUGCCGAUGAGAAAGUGGCCAAUGAAGCAGCAGCAGCAGCCAAAGCCAUCAAGGAUGAAUGUGAGGGUGACUUAGCAGAGGCCAUGCCUGCUCUAGAGGCUGCUCUGUCAGCCCUGGACACCCUGAAACCAUCUGACAUAACAGUGGUGAAAUCCAUGCAAAACCCACCUGGGCCAGUCAAGCUGGUCAUGGAGUCCAUCUGUGUCAUGAAGGGCAUAAAACCAGAAAGGAAGCCAGACCCUGGUGGCUCAGGAAAAAUGAUUGAGGACUACUGGGGGUCAUCUAAGAAGCUGCUUGGUGACAUGAAGUUCCUUGAAAACCUGAAAGCAUUUGAUAAAGACAACAUCCCACCAGCCAACAUCAAAAAAAUCAGAGAUAGGUUCAUUGACAACCCAGAAUUCCAGCCGUCCAUCAUCAAAAAUGUGUCAUCGGCCUGUGAAGGGCUGUGCAAGUGGGUACGUGCGAUGGAGGUAUAUGAGCGCGUGGCUAAGGUAGUAGCCCCCAAAAAGGAGCGCCUGAAGGGGGCGGAGGGAGAACUGGCAGUGCAAAUGGCGAUGCUGGCUGUUAAGCGAGGAGAGUUGAAGGAGGUGGAGGACCGGCUGCAGGCCCUGAAUGACACCUUUGAAGCCAUGAACAUAAAGAAGAAGGAACUGGAAGACAACAUUGAGCUGUGUUCGCAGAAGCUGAUCCGAGCAGAGAAGCUGAUAGGCGGACUCGGCGGGGAGAAGGACAGGUGGACGGAAGCCGCCCGGGUGCUUGGGAUCCGGUAUACUAAUCUCACUGGUGACGUGCUUAUUUCCUCGGGCAUGGUGGCAUAUCUGGGGGCUUUCACUGUGGAUUACCGUGUGGAGUGCCAAAAGGACUGGCAUAUGCUAUGUCAGCAGAAGAAGGUACCAUGCUCUGAAGAAUUCACACUCAGCAACACUCUGGGUAAUCCUGUGAUGAUUAGAGCAUGGCAGAUUGCUGGACUGCCCGUGGACUCCUUCUCCACAGACAAUGGCAUCAUAGUGUCCAACUCCCGCCGCUGGCCUUUAAUGAUAGACCCUCAGGGCCAGGCUAACAAGUGGAUUAAAAACAUGGAGAAGGCUAAUAAACUUGCAGUAAUCAAGCUCUCAGAUGGCAAUUAUGUGAGAACUUUGGAAAAUGCCAUCCAGUUUGGCACACCCAUCCUGCUGGAGAACAUAGGGGAAGAGUUGGAUGCUGUUUUGGAGCCCGUGCUGCUAAAGCAGACAUUUAAACAGCAGGGGGUAGAGUAUAUGAGACUGGGAGAGAAUGUUGUGGAAUAUUCAAAAGACUUCCUUUUCUAUAUGACCACUGGACUCAGGAACCCUCACUACCUGCCUGAGAUUGCAGUCAAAGUGUGCCUUCUGAACUUUAUGAUCACCCCACUGGGUUUGGAGGACCAGCUUCUGGGGAUUGUGGCUGCUAAGGAGAAACCUGAGCUGGAAGAGAAGAAGAACCAGCUCAUUAUCGAGAGUGCUGCUAACAAUAAGCAACUGAAAGAGAUUGAGAGCAAAAUCCUGGAGAUUCUUUCCUCUUCUGAAGGCAAUAUCCUGGAGGAUGAGACUGCCAUCAAAGUCCUGUCUUCUUCCAAAGUGCUGUCAGAGGAGAUUUCUGAAAAGCAGAAAAUUGCCAGUAUUACAGAAAAGGAGAUUGAUGACACUCGCAUGGGGUACCGGCCUGUGGCAGAGCAUUCUUCUAUUAUCUUCUUCUGCAUUUCAGAGCUUGCAAAUAUUGAACCAAUGUACCAGUACUCUCUAACUUGGUUUAUGAACCUCUAUGUCCAGUCCAUUGCUGACAGCUUAAAGAAUGAAGAUCUCCAAACUAGAAUUAAGAACAUUGUUGAUCACUUCACAGUCAGCACAUACAACAAUGUGUGUCGCUCGCUCUUUGAGAAAGACAAGCUGCUCUUUUCCCUGCUCCUCACUGUCGGAAUCAUGCAGGGCAAAGGUGAGGUGGACGACAUGGUGUGGCGUUUCCUCUUGACUGGGGGGAUUGCCUUGGACAAUCCCUACCCAAACCCUGCCCCUGAAUGGUUGUCAGAAAAGUCCUGGUCAGAGAUAGUGCGGGCAUCCAAACUGAAGAACUUGAGCGGACUUUAUGAGCAUGUCCAAAACAGCAUUUCCAAGUGGAAACAGAUCUACGACUCUGGAAAACCCCACAAAGAGCAGCUGCCAGACAACUGGAAUGACAUAAAGGGGAUGGAUCGCAUGGUGAUUCUGCGAUGCUUCAGACCUGAUAAACUGGUUCCAGCUGUUCAGGACUUCAUUACAGACAAGAUGGGCAGGACCUACAUUGAGCCACCCACCUUUGACUUGGCAGGCAGUUACAAAGACUCAAACUGCUGCUCACCUUUAAUCUUUGUGCUUUCUCCUGGAUCUGAUCCCACUGCAGGUCUGCUUAAAUUCGCUGAUGACUUGGAGAUGGGAGGAAGCAAGAUUCAGACUAUCUCCCUUGGUCAGGGCCAAGGCCCUAUUGCAGCUGUAAUGAUUGAACAGGCUGUCAAAGAUGGUACCUGGGUGGUGCUGCAGAACUGCCACCUUGCCACCAGCUGGAUGCCGGCCCUGGAGAAGAUCUGUGAGGAAAUGAUCACCCCUGAGACUACCAGUCCCACCUUUAGGUUGUGGUUGACCAGUUACCCCUCGGACAAGUUCCCUGUCAGCAUCCUGCAAAAUGGAGUCAAGAUGACCAACGAGCCUCCGAAGGGUCUUCGUGCCAACCUGCUCCGCUCCUACCUCAACGACCCCAUCUCAAACCCCUCCUUCUUCUGUAGUUCCAAGCAGCAGGAGGUCUGGCAGAAGCUCUUGUUUGGUCUGUGCUUUUUCCAUGCCUUGGUUCAGGAGAGGAGGAACUUUGGGCCUCUGGGUUGGAACAUCCCCUAUGAAUUCAAUGAGUCUGAUCUUCGAAUCAGCAUGAGACAAAUCCAGAUGUUUCUUGAUGAAUAUAAGGAUGUUCCUCUGGAGGCACUGUCUUACCUAACAGGGGAGUGUAACUAUGGAGGACGAGUCACAGAUGACAAAGACAGACGGCUGCUGCUGUCCCUGCUGUCCAUCUUCUACAACCGGGAUUUGAUGAUGCAGGAUGGCUACCGCUUGUCUGAGGGAGACGUGUACUACGUUCCUCUUCAUGGUCCCUAUGAAACCUACAUUGAUUAUAUCAGAAACCUGCCCAUCAGUGCUGACCCUGGAGUGUUUGGACUUCAUAGCAAUGCUGACAUCACCAAGGACAACCAGGAGACCAAUCAGCUUCUGAGUGGAGUGCUGCUGACAUUACCCAGACAGUCAGGAGGUGGGGCCAAGUCUCCCCAGGAAAUAGUGGAUGAACUGGCAGCUGACAUCCUAUCCAAAUUACCAGCUGACUUUGACAUAUUGAUGGUGAUAGAAAAGUAUCCUGUGGUAUAUGAGGAGUCCAUGAACACAGUGCUGAGACAGGAGCUUAUCCGCUUCAACAGACUGACUCAAGUGGUGCGCAGCAGUCUGGUAAACAUUGGCAAGGCGCUAAAAGGACAGGUGGUGAUGUCGGCUGAGCUGGAGAACGUCUUCAACAGCAUGCUGGUGGGAAAGGUCCCCACCAUGUGGGCAGCCAAGUCCUACCCUUCACUGAAGCCUUUGGGCAGCUACGUGGCCGAUUUCCUAGCUCGGUUACAUUUCCUGCAGGACUGGAUAGACAACGGACCACCCAAUGUCUUUUGGCUCUCCGGAUUCUACUUCACACAAUCUUUCCUAACAGGGGUGUCACAGAAUUUUGCGCGGAAAUACACUGUUCCGAUUGAUUACAUUGGCUUUGAAUUUGAGGUGACCAAGCAGGAGACCGAGAUGGCACAGAAACCCGAGGACGGGGCCUACGUCAAAGGGCUGUUCCUGGAGGGCGCGCGCUGGGACCGGGAGAAGAUGGUGAUCGGGGAAUCGUACCCCAAAAUCCUUUUUGACCCCCUUCCUAUCAUCUGGCUCAGGCCGGGAGAGAUGUCCAAGUUCCUUCAUGAGAAUAUCUACGUCUGCCCCGUCUACAAGACCAGCGCCCGCCGUGGCACGCUCUCCACCACCGGCCACUCCACCAACUACGUGCUCCCCAUCGAGCUCCCGUCAGACAAGCCCCAGAAGCACUGGAUCAACAGGGGCGUGGCCUGCCUGUGCCAGCUGGAUGACUGAGCUCCCCUUCUGUCUGUUCCCGGAAGACAGCACCUUCCCACAGUUCUCAUGGAAACAGACCUUUUACUUUGCUGUUGUAUUGCACACUGGCAGCAACAAACCACUACAUUACAAUCACCAAACCUUAUAUAGCACGAAUGAUCAUCUUAUACUGCGGGUUUCAGAAAGGUUAGGAUUUUUUGGAUUAGGGGUGUUUAAAUAGAAAUCUGUUUUAUGUUAACAAAUCCUCUCGUUACUAAAGCCAGUGAUACUGUUUACAUUAGCUUGUUUAAAUGAUUUACUGGCAAGUCACUAAAACCUAAAUAAAUAAAUCAAUAGGGUAUUUCUUUGACAUCCUAUUAUUUACAAGUAGUGUGUUUCAUAGUACUGGGUGUGCAAUUUUGGAAUGUCCGUAGUGUCUUAUUGAAAAGUAGUUACA